AGUUCACCGUCGACCUGCUGCACUCGUUCUCCAGCUGCUCGGGGAUGGACUUGAUCUUCGGGCUGAACGCUCUGCUGCGAACGGCCGACAACAGCUGGAACAGCAGCAACGCCCGCCUGCUGCUGCAGUACUGCGAGUCCAGACGGUACAGGAUGUCGUGGGAGCUGGGCAACGAGCCAAACAGUUACGAGAAGAAGGCCGGGAUCCGUGUGGACGGAAAUCAGCUGGGGCGGGACUUCACUCGCCUCCGAGAGAUGAUGUCACAGUCCAAAAUGUACCGAGACGCCGGUCUGUACGGACCGGACGUCGGUCAGCCACGAGACCACCGGACGGACAUACUGGAGGGGUGAGAGGUCAAAGUGUCUCUGUCACGACUUCUGUGAAGAAUAUUAAGGACCCCAACACGAAAUGGAAUUAAUAAUAAUGAUAAUA